ACUAACAACCGCGUCAUUAAAAGCUUCAGAUAGAAGAAGGAGGAUGUAGGACCGUUACACACCAACACGGCCGUUCAAGGUCCGUCUGUCUUCUCAUGUCGACGCAGUGAGUCAGGUUUAGGGGAUGGGUGUUGGCGGGGGCAGCAUAACGUCUUAAAAAUGUCGACCAUCCUUGAUGCGGCGUCCAAAGUGAAAUGGGACCGCAGGGCUGUAGCCAAGCGAGCCGUGUUUCUGGCGGCUGCUGCCUACGGCGUCAAAACGCUGUACCCUGUCCUCUGCAGGCAAGUGUGCAAAAAUAAACCGGCUCAAAACGGCUCUGCGUGUUCGUUAAAAUCGCGCAGAGAUGUUCCGGAUCCCACCAAGACGUCCCCUGGGGUCAACGCCGAAUUUUUCAAGCAGAUACUCGAACUUGCUAAGAUCCUCUUCCCCAAACUAGUGUCCAAAGAGCUCGCUUUGCUAUCCUUGCAUUCUGUGGCUCUCGUCUCCAGGACGUUUUUGUCGAUAUACGUCGCCAGCUUGGAUGGGAAGAUAGUCAAGACCAUCGUGGAGAAGCAACCCAAGAGCUUCAUCAUCCAGCUGAUCAAAUGGCUCCUCAUCGCCAUCCCAGCCACCUUCGUCAACAGCGCCAUCCGCUUCUUGGAGUGCAAGCUGGCUCUGGCUUUUCGCACCCGGCUGGUGCACCAUGCCUACAAGACCUACUUCACAGACCAGACCUACUACAAAGUCAGCAACAUGGACGGGAGGCUCACCAACCCGGACCAGUCCCUCACGGAGGAUGUGCUCAUGUUCUCCCAAUCUGUGGCCCAUCUUUACUCCAACCUCACUAAACCCAUCCUUGAUGUGAUGCUCACUUCCUACACACUCAUCCAGACCGCUCGGAGCAGGGGGGCCAACGCCAGUGGACCUACGCUGUUGGCCGGCCUCGUGGUCUUCGCCACCGCUAAAGUGCUACGGGCUUGCUCGCCCAAAUUUGGAAAGCUAGUGGCCGAGGAAGCACACAGGAAGGGCUACCUGCGCUAUGUGCACUCCAGGAUCAUUGCCAACGCCGAGGAAAUAGCCUUCUAUAGGGGACAUAAGGUGGAGAUGCGUCAGCUCCAAAAGUGCUACCGCGCCCUGGCGGACCAGAUGAACUUGAUCCUCUCCAAGCGUCUGUGGUACAUCAUGAUCGAGCAGUUCCUCAUGAAGUACGUGUGGAGUGGCAGCGGCCUCGUCAUGGUGGCCGUGCCCAUCAUCACCGCCACCGGAUUCGCAGACAACGAAACAGCUGACGGUCGCACACACAUGAUGGUGAGCGAGAGGACGGAGGCUUUCACCACCGCCCGCAACCUUCUGGCCUCGGGAGCCGACGCUAUCGAGAGGAUCAUGUCGUCCUACAAAGAGGUCACAGAGCUGGCGGGCUACACAGCACGGGUCCACAACAUGUUUGUGGUGUUCGAGGACGUCCAGCGGGGUAUCUACAAGCGCUCCUCUCUCACGGCCGCGACCGGAGUAGAGAAGAAGAACAAGCCAGGGAUGCACAUUGACGGACCGCUGGAGAUCAAGGGGGAAGUCAUCGACGUGGAUAACGGCAUUGUGUGCGAAAACGUCCCGAUUAUCACGCCAAACGGGGACGUUGUCGUGUCAAGCCUCAAUGUCAAGGUGGAAGAGGGCAUGCACCUAUUGAUCACGGGGCCCAACGGCUGCGGUAAAAGCUCCCUUUUCCGUAUCCUCAGCGGUUUGUGGCCUGUCUACGGCGGUCGCCUCCAUAAACCGUCUCCUCAGCAUAUGUUCUACAUCCCUCAGAGGCCCUACAUGUCCAUGGGCUCUCUACGGGACCAGGUCAUCUAUCCAGAUUCGGUGGAAGACAUGGCCGCCAGAGGCCUCAAUGACAAAGACCUGGAGGCCAUCUUGGACAUCGUCAACCUCAACCACAUCGUCACCAGGGAGGGAGGUUGGGAUGCAGAACUAGACUGGAAGGACGUUCUGUCUGGAGGCGAGAAGCAAAGGAUGGGCAUGGCUCGCAUGUUCUAUCACAAGCCGAAAUACGCCCUGUUGGAUGAGUGCACCAGCGCCGUGAGCAUCGACGUCGAGGGCAAAAUUUUCCAGGCGGCCAAGGACGCCGGCAUCUCUCUGCUGUCCAUCACGCACAGACCAUCACUGUGGAAGUACCACACGCACUUGCUGCAGUUUGACGGCGAGGGCUGCUGGCGCUUCGAGCAGCUGGACACGGCCACGCGCCUCUCGCUCACCGAAGAGAAGCAGCGCCUGGAGAGCCAGCUGGCCGGCAUCCCCGAGAUGCAGCAGCGCCUCAACGAGCUCUGCAAGAUCCUGGGGGACGACUCGGUGCUCAGAACAGCUGACCAGUGAGGGUAGGCGGAGGGGAGGGGAAAAGGGGAGGAGCUUCCCUUUGCCCUGCACACACAUUUGAAAUGAUUUUCCGUGUCUCAUGCGUGUACGAUCAAACUUCAAUUUUAAACAGCAAAAAUUUUAUUUUGAAAUGACAAAGCACAUUUUCAUGGCAAGAGGAAUGUGGUUAGGAACUGAUGUUUCAUGGAUUUGUCUUCAAUAUUAAUUUAUUUUAAGUAAGACUUAACUUCUACAGUUUUUUUUAACUAUCUGUGGUGUUUGAAGAUAUUUUAAUAUAACUACUAAAUUAAUUUCAAAGCAGUAUUCUGCUUGAUUUAGAUUUUAUGAUGCUAAAUUUGACCCGUUUGUCUUUUUUAAUGUCACUACAUGCCUUUUUUUGUGUAGUUACCCCAUUUCUUUUUCCAGCAACUGCCUUUCUUUCUUCCCAACUUUUGCCUCUGGCUUCAAGCCCACAUGGACUAAAAAAAAAAAAAAAGGAGCGAUUAGUGAUGCAGGUCCGGCCCGGCCCCGAAUACUGAGGGCUUUUUGGUUUACUGAACAAACACAAUGAGCGAAAGAGGCCCCCUCUGCCGAGCAAGCAACUGACCCUGGAGGUCCAGCUUGGUAAAUGUCAUGUGACCACACAAUUAGGUAGUCUUUUGCAUAACAGACGUUAUUUGCGUAAUUUAGUUUUGCUUCUUCCACUUGCUGCAGUGAAAUUUCAUUAUCUCAUGCAUAUUUUGGUAAUAAGAUGCCUUGUUUGUAUAUUUGAUGGGGGGGGGGGGGGGGUCAUGAAUUAGAAUGACAGCAAAGCCUGCACCUUUCACAUUAGGACUCGUGCUUGUGUGGGCAAAAAAUGUCAUUGUUGAUGCUGUUUUGCCUCCUAGUUUGUUGCGAGCAACUUAGCCGAAGUUGCAGUAUUGUUAAGCCCCGAUGAUGCGUUUGAGGGCUGCGGUACAUCUAGGGGACAUACAAUAAGUGCUCAGGGCACAGCUGGAACACUGAAACAAUGUCAUGUUGCUGCUUUUUGAUUUUGCCUGUCAUGCUUACACUGAAAUGAGUGGAGCAAACAGGAAGUGUGAAUCAUAUGCUGCCCUGCUCAGGAUAAUGGCUGCUACUCAACUUCACAUGAGUUUGUCCCACAAAAUGUGACUUUUACUUGCAUUUUCAUUCAAUUGUAAUCCGGUUAUUUCACACUCUAUCUGUAUGACGGUUUCCUUUGCUCUGGACAGAGUAUCACACAGGCUCUGGGGUUGCCAUGGCAACAGCAUUCACAUCUUGUGAGUCAGACUCCAUUGACAGGAGGCUUGAAUGAGCCUCUGAAUGACGUGGAGUCUUCAUCUAACGCCUCAAAAAUCAGAACAAAGUGAAUGAUGGGAAUUUUCACACAAAAAGUCCAAUGCUGGCCUAACUGAGCUUGUGACAGGACGGAACGUUUUGUUGCAUGGACGGAACUUUUUUGUUCUAUAUUUAGGGGACAAGUCAGGAUCCUUUUACAGAGACAAUUACAAUUCCUGGCAUCCCAUUUGUAAAAUGAACAUUCAAUGUAUCUGCCAUGUGCAAAUACUUGGACAAUUUUACCAUUUUUGUGUUCACCGUGCAUGUAGAACCAAAUUGCAUUGUGUAGAAAUGUCCCAAUAACCUUACUUUACCUGAUCCUGUUGCAGUAACCAUGACCUUCAUUGGGGUGUUAAUGUGCAUGUGUUGGCGCGUGUGUGUUUCCAUCCUAUCAACAAAAGUGAAGAUGUAUUUUCUUGGAAAUAAAAGCAUUACGGUGCCGAUAACUAAUGUUUUAAUGUAUUAAUGUAACAAUGUUGCAUGCUCACUUCUCUUCUUUACAUUAUUAUUGCAUCAAGUCUAGUUGUAUUUGUCAGGGAAAUCUAUUUGUCAUUUUUGCAAAGCUUUUUUUCAAUAAUGUUCUGCUCCUGAAAAAUGAAAUAUUAUUCACUGAUAUUUUUAUCAUUAUUACUUUUAUUUGGUUUUGAUUUUUAAUUUCAAUGCAGUUACUCCAUUCUAUACAGAAUCCUGUGUAUGGAUACUGUGGGUGUAAUAAUCACAAUUGUCCACACGGCGGCAUCAUACUCUUGGUAACGUGGCUCACCUGAGACUUUACAUUAGACACAACAGUUAGAUAAUGAGGUAAUUGCUGACGAUACUGCUUAAAAUAUGUUAAUUACAUUGCUAUUGUUUUUAUUAUUAGUAUUGUAUUCUCCAAUUGUUGACGAUGUAACAAAAACCUUUUCAACGGGAACUGAUGAAGCUGUAAUAUACAUUCCCUCCACAAGGAGGAGCCACUUGA